AUGGAUUUAUCCGGACCCUCCACCGAAGCCAGAAGGACAUCGAAUGCUGUGUCCGUCAAUCACAGGGAGAUCAGUUUGACACAAAUACGCGAACCGGCUCCCGGGGCGAGUGACGCGUCGCAAUCAAAGUUUAAUCAAAACGGCGUACUCAAAUCUGUGGAGAGAACGGCGGCUCUAAUUGAGCGGAAUGGAUCUGGUGGCGAGGGAGACCGAGUCUGGAGCGGCAGCGGCUGA